GUCCCGCCCAUUUUGGAUGAAAACAGCGAAUACCGAUGCGCGAGGUUUUCUCAGAUUAACAAACUACAUGGACUGGUCACAGUAAGUGAAAAUCCCAGCGUGUACAUCUGUAUAUCUCAUAUCCACGCAGGAUUGUUUCCCACCGUUACAUUUAUCCUGCUACAUUCCUGCUAGCUGAAGUUGCCUUUGCACUCCAGUGCUACGUGGGUCGGUUGAAGGGCUUUGGAGCAGGGAAACAGAAACCUGACCCUCCACUAUGGCAGCGGUUCUCCUUCGGUCCCUUUUGACCAAAAAGGUAAAAAUACAACAAAUAAAUAAAAAUCACCGUUACGUUUUACAAACCCACUGGCUUUGGUUUAAAGCUCAUACAACUCUCAAAGCUAACAACCUCAGCUGCUAGCUUGCUAAUCGUUGCCUAACGUGCACGUUGCAGACAGCCUCGCGACUCCCUCGUGCUUUUGACAUACUCGAUAAUUAGGCGCAGCUGAAGUUUGAUGCAGUAUGCGCAGAUUUCCUUCGCCGCACGAGAACAGGUGUGAAUAAUUAAUUAAAUUUGACUGACUGUUGACAUAAUGCACUGGUUUUGCAGGUUCCCCUCCAGCUGGGUCGCUGUUACUCCUCCUCCUCUGUGGUAAGGACCUCAGCUUUCAUAACUCAAGGAUGAAGCAAUGACUGAAUGACUACAUGUUGUCUUAUGUGUACUCUCCUUCUGAAAUACUCUCACCUGACUCACGUGACCCGGUAAUAUCAAAACACGACCAAUGAGCUCUAUGCACAGAUCCACUGCUUCCUGAAUUUAAGGCAGCUCCUUUAUUUCCUGUCUUAAAUUAUUGGACAAACUGAUUAAUCCAGGUGUGACUGAUCAUACACACCUGGAUUAAUCAGGGAUAUUUAUUUAUUUAAGGAUAUUUCGGCGUAAAAUUGAUUUAGGGUCAAACACACUGUAACACUGAGUUAGACACCCCCUCGAGAGAUAAAUGUUGCAGACCGCUUGCUUCUCUAGUUAUACCAAUUUUAGUAACGACCGCACGAUAGCAAUACACAGCGGUCUGAGGAGCCAUAAACAAACCUCUACCAAAAAACCACUCUAUAGCCACAAAUAAUGCUCAGAACAGCACCGAACUUCAUCAACAGUACAUAUAGGGUCCCACUCAUAGUGCUAGCCACCAAACAUCUUUUUAACUUUGCCUAAUUUCAUUAGCAAAGUGACUAAAUACAAUGCAUCUACCGUAUUUUUCGCACUAUAAGGCGCACCAGUCCAUAAUGGACUACAGCGGGGUGACGCAGCUCAAGGAAGAACAUUUAUGAUCAUUUCUUCGUGGAAAUGCAAUCAGACUGAGACUCUAAGAUAGAAGAAUUACAGCGUCUGCAGAGCAAAAUGAUCAAUAUGAUGAUUAGUACUUCAAGGAAAUGAAAAAGUAAUGAUCGCAAAUGUUCUUCCUUGAGCUGCGUCCCCCUGCUGGACUCGCUACAGACAAGCGGCUGCUGGAAGAGAGUAGGUGAGUUGUGUUUAGUCUCUUUGCUAAAGAAACUAGGCAAAGUUAAAAAGAUGUUUGGUGGCUAGUGCUAUGACUGGGACUCUAUAUGUACUGUUGAUGAAGUUAGGUGCUGUUCUGAGCAUUAUUUGUUGCUAUAGAGUGGUGUUUUGGUUGAGCGCGUGGCUCUCUGUAUUGCGAUCGCAUGGUCGUUAAAGUUUGUAUAACUCGAGAUGCAAGCCGUCGGCAACAUCCAUCUAUCGACAGGGUGUCUAACUCGGUGUUACAGUAUGUUUGACCCUAAUUAAUUUUACGCCGGAAUAUCUCUUUCAAGUCAAAGUUAUAAUAUUCAAAAGCUUAUGCUUUUCGCGGCGCAAUAUGCAGGAAAGGGGCUACCUGCUUACAGACCUGUGCACAGGGCGUGCGACCCGAGUUGACUGAUUGCUCCUGUCUUGUCCAUUCGGGCUUUACACAGUAUGUUUCUUGAUUCUGUUUGUUGCAGCAAACGUAGUUAAUUGGAAACUAUUUAGCCAGGCAGAUCUCUCUUUUCUAAGGUUUAAUGUCAGAGCAUGGAAAACAGAUGAGAAUAAAUUCUCAAAAAAUACACUUUGACUUUGCUCGAGCAUAAAUCUAGAAAAAAAGUAAUUAAAAUUUUCUUGUGAUUAUAAGUUACCAGCACUUGUUAGAUGGAAGAGUCAAAACAAAUGUUGGCGUAAAUUAUUGCACUAUUUAGGCCAUUAAAAAGUUUAUUAAUUUACAAACUCCCAGAUUUAGUCAGCUUUAAUUAGGGAUUGGAAACAUUAUCUUGCGAAUACACUUGCAGACACCACUUCUGAGGGUAAAUUAUGAAAACCUUUUACUCGUAGCUCAUUAGCAACAAUCAAAGCUUAAUUAGUUUGGAGACGGUUUGAGAAAUAUGUCCUGUUGUACCCUCUCCUAAUUUUCUCCUAUCUGUGUAAGCAGGUUAAACCAUGUUGAUUUACUUUUUAUGUCCUAAGACCUUUUACAGGCAUCGUUAUAGACGUUACACUGGGACUGAUUACCACCAACUACCUCAGGUGUUGGUCAUUCUCUUAAUAGGCUUUCAAAAUAAGACUGUAGCUACCUACAUAUGUGACUGUACAGCAUAACUACAGUCCAGCUGACAGUAAACCUGGGAUAGUGAGUGUGUUAGACUACGAUACAGAUACAAUACAGAACAAGUAGAAGGAUUUGAAUCACUUGGUUCUGUAGAGAUUGCUGGGUUCAAUCGUUAAAUGUAUUUUUCUUGAAGUCCCAGGGCGUACAUUUUGUUCUGUCAGAUAAAAUUCUUGUUCUACAGAAAAAAUGCCUGCUUUAAAGCGUUGUCUUUUCGUUGUGGGGGGAAAAUGCAGGUCAGCUUUCCCGCUUUUUACAGUCUCCACUCUAAAUGUCAUCACUGUUUCGGUUUCAUAAAACUACACACUCAGAAGCUGGCUACCAGAGACGACCAAACUCUGAGCCCUUAGAAAGUUGCUGUAUAUGCUGCGGUGAUGGAUGGAUGUCCUUAAUGAACUCGGUAAUGAUGUAACCCAGCAGGAUGGGAUUAAAUCAUAUGCUUCUGUGAUCCUCUAGCCCACCACCAAGCUGUUCAUUGACGGCAAGUUCGUCGAGUCCAACACCACUGAAUGGCUUGACAUUCACAACCCUGUAAGUACCCACAGAUGAACUAUAUACAACCUGUGAGGAGGCUGGAGUAAUAAGAGCUCUUACAUUAUGUGGCUGCAAAUAACCUUUACAAGCUUGUAGUAGUAACUUACAAUCAUUUGCGAGGGGAAAAUAACUCUUGAUAGCUUAAUUUUCAAGGCGAGAUAAAUCAGAGUCCAGUCUGCACUCAGCCGGCUGUGUUUAAUUUUUUGUCCUCGAGUCCAGACGGGCUGAGUUCAAGGAGAUGACAGUGAGCCUACAGCUGAGCAAUGAUUGGUGAUAAUAGCGUGCGGAAACAGCCGUCAAAUGAAAUAACAAGCCUGUAAAGGAAAGAAGACAAACAUAUGUUUAUUAAUAUUAAUGCAUUAAUGGCAAUAUCAGUCGAUGACUUCCUCUGCUCCGUCUCCUCAGGCCACUAAUGAGGUGGUGGGACGAGUUCCCAAAGCCACACAGGAGGAGAUGCUGGCAGCUGCGGACUCCUGCUCCAGAGCCUUCCAGUCCUGGUCCGAGACCUCCAUCCUGAGCAGGCAGCAGAUCUUCCUGCGCUACCAGCAGCUCAUCAAAGACAACAUUGUAGGGAGAUUUUUCAACUGUGAUACACUUAUGACAGAACUGAAAAUGUCUCAUGCAAGCAAAAAAACAAGUAUUUUUGGGAGUAUUUCACCGUGAUUUCCAAAGAGCCACAUUUUCUCUUUUGAAUUGCUCAUUUUUCUGAACAUUUAAACCACGUAGAUGACAAAAAACAGCAGCAAAGUCUCAAACUUGAAAAGCUCGCACAAGUUUUUUUUGACAUUUCUGCUUAAAAACAUCCAAAACCUUCAUUUAUUCAUCCGAAAAGUAGAGUUUCUCGCAUUUGACUAUCAAUAACUCAUCGCAGCUCUAGAGAACUUCUUGUUUCUUUCGCGACGUAUUAAAUUUAACAUUUUCACUUUGACUAUUUCAGAAAGAACUGGCGAAAAUGAUCACCUUGGAGCAGGGCAAAACCCUGGCAGACGCAGAGGGAGAUGUAUUCAGAGGACUCCGUAAGUAAAGCAGAGAUCUCCCGCUGUGCUAUUGGGUUUUGAUGUCCUGAUUAGAUUAGAGUGCAGGUGAAUGUACGGCAGGGAUCGGAUUCCUCUGUUCGAAUCGUUGUCUAUAGUGUCUGUAUCGCCUGAUGAAAAGUCUGCAUCUUUGGCAACCCUGUGUUCCUCUCCCUGAGGGAAGUAAGUGGCUGCAGGAUGUCAAUUAUUUGCGUGAAACCCAACACUCUUCUCACUUUUAAAUUAAUAAUGGGGCAAGGGUUCUUUUUUGGCCAUAGUGGCACACAGAGGCUUUCAGAGUGUCUAAUUAUAGCUUAACAAUGGCUACAGAAACAAUAUCCCUGCAGUGAACAACGUCAAGCUUUCUUUUAGCCGAGCUUUCUACUUUAGUUUUUCUGCUAAAUACAGCAAGGUCACAUUUCGGCCCCCUCCUUAAAAUGUAGCUGUACAUUUUCGGUUUGGCGUAUUCGCAUUAUUGAGGAGCAUGUUGAGAAAUUAAGAGCCACGCACACUUGAAGUGAAUAAAGAUUAUUUUUCCAUGACGGGGCUGCCAGAGUUUAUUUUGUACUUGGUGCGGCUCCCAGUUUGGGGAUGCCGGAGUGAUUCUGGCAGGCUCGCUCACUAACUUAUCAGCUGAAAGUCAGGCUACAUCUGCAGGUGUGCUGCCAACAUUAGAGAUUUCCCUCAGCACUGGGACCAAGGAUGCAUGAAGACUUCAAUACUUCUGUUACACUUCACUCAUAGGUAGAAGAAAAAAACGCUCUUAGAUGUUCGUAUUUAAUUAUUUCAUGACAAUUUCAAGUGGCGCCUCUGUUCAUUUACUGUAUGUCUAUUUAUUUAAUGCUUGCUUAAGAAACGUUCAAGUGUGCUAUCAGAAGUCCAUAAAGAAUAAGCAGUUGAAAGUAAUUUAUGUGUAAACCUGUUGGUAAAAGCUGGUUAUCCUCGAUGUGCAAAUAUUGAUAUAGUUUCUCUUCGCCCUCCAGAGGUGGUCGAACACGCCUGCAGCAUCACCUCCCUCAUGCUGGGUGAAACCCUACCUUCCAUCACCAAGGACAUGGACACGUACACCUACCGCCUGCCCAUCGGCGUCUGCGCCGGCAUCGCCCCUUUCAACUUCCCCGCCAUGAUCCCCCUGUGGAUGUUCCCCAUCGGCAUGGUAUGUGGCAACACCUACCUGAUGAAGCCCUCUGAACGGGUCCCAGGAUGCACUAUGCUCCUCGCCAAAAUGCUCCAGGACGCCGGGGCACCAGAUGGUACACUCAACAUCAUCCACGGCCAGCACGCAGGUGAGCGCCUGCCUCCAUGUGCAUUCAGAAAAACACAAUCUGUGUGUGUAAUAAGCAGCGGGUAAAGGUCCAAGGAUGAUUCAAACACUCAUCAUAUACCCCCCGGCAAUAUGUAGAUAGGAAAUUUCCAUUAUGCGCACAGUCUAUAUCUGUAAGUAAUCCAGAAGUGUUCCAGACAAAAGGAUUUGAAUUACUGGAUCUGAACCUCAGUGCUCUCAUCCUGCGCCUGAAGGGUGAAUCGCAGAUGGAUAAGAGGAGGUUGAAAGUAUCUGUUUGUAUCUUUUGUGUAGCCGUGAACUUCAUCUGUGAUCAUCCCGCCAUCAAAGCCAUCAGCUUUGUGGGCUCCAACUCGGCCGGAGAGUACAUCUACGAGCGGGGAUCCAAGAACGGCAAGAGAGUGCAGUCCAACAUGGUACGAGAUAUUUGUUUUUUUAGUCAGAACAGAAAACAUAAAUAAACCCGCAAACCUCACCAAGAUGAAGCAUGUGAUUUCCAUACUGAUACACAUGUUAACAUCGUCUCCAUAUGGGCGAAAACAUAUGCAAACUUUCUAUCGGUACUGUUACCAAGACAACAGCUCAGAGCUCAGCUGUCAAAUGCUGAUAUGUAAAGCAUAUGUGAUAAUCAGCGCCUCUGUUUGAAGUCAUACAGUGGAAAUACAGAGAAACCCUACUGAGCAGUGUCCUAUAUUUCCAUUUAAGGGUGCCAAGAACCAUGGUGUGGUGAUGCCCGAUGCCAAUAAGGAGAACACCCUCAACCAGCUGGUUGGUGCUGCAUUCGGAGCAGCUGGCCAGCGCUGCAUGGCUCUCUCCACAGCUAUUUUUGUCGGAGAGUCUCGUGAGUGGCUCCCAGAGCUGGUGGAGCGCUCCAAAUCACUACGAGUAAACGCAGGUACCUUCAUUGAUGACUGCACCCCCACUCAAACAAUGUCCUGGAUAAUCAUUUUUAGGAUAAACUCGCAGUGUAAAUACUGUAAAGAGAUAUUUUCCCAUUUGUGUCCUAAAGGUGAUCAGCCUGGUGCAGAUGUGGGUCCCCUGAUCUCUCCUGAAGCCCGAGCCAGAGUGGAGCAUUUGAUCCAGAGUGGAGUGGAUGAAGGAGCCGCCCUUCUGCUGGAUGGGAGAAACGUCACCGUCAAAGGAUAUGAAAACGGAAACUUUGUAGGACCCACCAUCCUGGGAAAUGUUAAGGUGAGAUUUUGAGCGGGAGAAAAAGUCUCAUGAGUGUCAUUUUUAACUUAGAAUUUGAAUGAAAUGCUCCUCAUAGUAAAACAUUUGAAGGUAGAAGAAAAAAAAAAAUCAGGGCAAGUUUGUUCGAAGCGAUCCCAGAUCCGAUUUGAAAAAUACCUGCCCCCUCCAAAAAAACUCCAUGAAUGUUAACAGCUUUGAGUCGAAAGUUACAUCCUGCUUUGAGUGUUUUACACCGCAUAUUAUCAAUAUGUGAACUCCUGUUUGACACAUACCCUUGUGUGUUUGACUUUAUGAUUUAUUGUUAGAGGAGAAAUGGUUCAGUUUGUUCCCGUACGUGAAUGUGAAAAAGAACCUUUUAGAUUUCCCUUUGUGUCUGUUCCUGUCAUACAAUAUGUAAGGUGACAUACUUUUUUUUAUACCUGCACGAUGUUUCAUAAAUUCACUGAUAUACAUUUCUGGAAAUCAUAUUUUUCAAACGUCCUUCAAGCGUCUGGCAGAUAUAAACAGCAUGACCCAUUUCUAUGUGUCCUGUGCACAAAGUAUGUAUUGUAUACGCAGUAAAUGGUGUUCUCUAUAAGGGCCGUAUGUACUGUUCUAAGAAGGAAACUAUGUGAUGUGUAAGGCAUCCUUGGUGCAUGGCUCUGCACGUACAGUUAGUAUUAUGACACUUUCUUUGAGCUCCGGUUGGUUGGAGACUCGUAACCAUGGUAGCAAAUUACCUGAAGCUGUGCAUCUUCCUUGCUGUCAUACCGCUAUGGGUGGGAAUAGCUGGAUGACUCAAAAUAUACGAUACACACAUUUGAGAUGCGGCGCAACAGGAUACAACAAUACUACAAAAAUGGGAUAACUGAUGUAAAGCAAGGCAGUUACAAAAAGAAAAAUCACAGUAUCUGACUAGCUAAAGAACACAAAAUGCUACCUAAUAGUCAAAGUGUAAGAUUACUGUCGUUCUUGUGCCUUUAUUCAUGUCAUUAGCACCACCACAGGGAGUCAUGCAGCGGUGAUGUGUUAAAAUUGCAGGAUAAACCGCUCUAAGUGCCAUAGUGUCUGUUAAAACGUCUAUUUUUACCACCAGCGUAGGACCUAUAGGAUUACGUAUUGCCGUAUAGAUAUUUUGUCUCACUCCUAGUUCACAAACUGCAAAGUAUCGCUUUCAUUCUUAGAGUACCAAACAGUAGUCGAUGUGGAAUUUCAGCCCCGACACUAAAUGUCUGAGGAAUGUCGUACUGAGCACAGGUUGGAGCAGCUCUGCAGCUCUGCUUCACCCUGAGAAGACAAAAGCAUGUUCAUGUUGAAAAGCUGAUGAAAAUCUUCUUCGUCUCUUAAUGACUUCAGGCACUUUGAGCCAAUUUUCCUCUUCAGACUGCAUGGAUGUCACAGGACAGACUUGAAUAAUGUGCAGCUUUCUCUGACAUUUUCUGUUAUACCUGAGUGUCAUGUACUUUCAGCGGAGGGUUGGUGUUAAAUUACCAAAGGAAACUUGAGAGUGAUCCUUUGUUCUGUUCCUUCCAGCCCGACAUGAAGUGCUACAGAGAGGAGAUCUUUGGACCCGUGCUCGUCGUCCUGGAGGCCGACAGUCUGGAUGACGCCAUUUCUUUAAUCAACAAUAACCCCUACGGCAACGGCACCGCCAUCUUCACCAACAACGGAGCCACGGCUCGCAAAUACACACACGAGGUGGACGUCGGCCAGGUGAGAGCAGUGUUUCAAAAACCGGAUAAUAACGCUGGAGGUGGCCUCGUAAGAUGCCAAUUAUCUACAUGGUUUUCAAAGUGUCGUUCAUGAUCCAAACUGACAGUCACCUUUUUGGUGUUAUUUCGGGUCCUCAGUGAAUCACCUUUGAGAGACUUUGAUGAGUAAACAGAAUAGUGUGGGAGGCGUUGGGUUUCAAAUAAGAGGAAACAGACAUUGUUCAUGUGAAGUGGGAAUAUUUAUUGGAGCGACAUGAAAGCUCAAAGGAAAAUCCUAUGAAGAAUUCAUGAAAGUGAAACACCCAGUGCUGAUUUUUCUUUCCCACAUUUAACAGUCCCUCCUUUAAACCCGACCGCUCCUGCUUAUCUUUUGUGGCAUUAAAGUCUCUUGAAAGAACAGCGCAAUCUUUCAUGCACAUGAAAGGUAAGUCAGGUAGAUGUUUUUAAGAGGUGAAUUAUCAUAGUAAGCAAAACCAGCUUGAUUUGAAUACAGAUUUGAGAAACUCAAACCAAUCCUUUAUUUUCUAUUUUUCUUUCAUGAAUUCUCUUUUCAUAGAAAUUUAUUCUUGUCGCUCAGUAUUUACUUUUCUCCAAACAAAUUAUGGGGAAGAGGCAGAGACUCGAUACAUUAUCUGCCAGAUGCCACCUGCCAGAAUAUAAAUUAUCUGGGACAAUCUCAAACCUGCAUUAAUGCAGAAAGGCGCCACUGCAGCAAGUCUGGUUCACAGUGUGUGACAGUGUGAUAAUCGGGUCUUGUUCCAGAGGCAUCUAAGUACAAUUUAAGAUUUAUAACACCCCUCCUGCUGAUCGAUGCCAAGAUCUGUUUUUACCACUUGUUUCUGAAGGAUUCAUAAGGGCGAAUGUCUCUUUUACAGCGACUCCAGAGAGAAAUCACAACAGCAUGCGUUUGUUUGGAGACGAAAUAACUCACAUUAGACUUCUAAACAAAGUCAUUUGGAGGUUUUGCCGACCAAAUCACUCAUUUUGUCUCCCAAUCCUUCCUGUAUUUCUGCCGUGGUUGUGCAUCAAUUCUUACGCAUGUGUUUAUGAAUUGAACAGAUUGGUGUGAACGUCCCCAUCCCAGUCCCCCUCCCCAUGUUCUCCUUCACUGGAUCCAGAGGCUCGUUCAGAGGAGACACCAACUUCUACGGCAAACAGGUGAGGGGGAAAAAAAAAGGAUUGAAAGGACUUCUGAAACAUAAACUGGCAAGCUGACGCAGAACAUAUGUCCCUCUCUUCUGUCUCCUCAGGGCAUCCAGUUCUACACGCAGAUCAAGACUGUGACUUCCCAGUGGAAAGCUGAAGAUGCCACUGUGACCAGCCCAGCUGUUACCAUGCCAACAAUGGGACGCUAAGCUAAAUCGACAGCAUGUCCAGCUCAACCGUGACUGACUUCUCGUAUGCCUUAAGAAGAAGCCUGAGGAGAGGACUGGGGGGGAAAGAGGUUAAUGUCCUUUUUAGUGGGGUUUGUUACUGUGACUUUUAAAAACUUUGACAGUGUUGUUGCACAAACACAUCAAUGCAAUUUCAACCUCAUUUGGAGACAAACGUGGACUACUGAAAUUCUCCACCUCUUUGUGUUACUGUUCAGCGUGUCUCAUCUUUUCUAACCAGGUGAAUUAUUAUUCAAUCAUGUUACGUCCUUUUCUUGAUCUGCGGUGCACUCCAGUGUCAUUUUUCUAAAACCCACAGUAGAAACCAGGUUCAGGGAUUGCCUGUAGAGCGGCAACAGUCAGUGUCUUCCACUUGUUUCAGCUGUGGUUCCUCGGCUUGUGUUUUCUAUCAGAGCUUUGUUUAGAAGCCCCCGGAAGCUGACAUGAAUGGAACAAACGCCCUAACUGUGGUACUCCAUGAAAACUGAAAUGUAUGCCGUCUUCUCUAUGUACUUCCCCUGUAUGUUGUGUGCUGGGAUGUGUCUUUUGUGUCAGAAGUUCAUGGCUGUGUAGUGUAUUGUCUGACAGAUGCUUCUUUGUAUCCAUGAAUGGCAUUGAAAUUGAAAUGUUAGAAAUGACAUGGACAUUAGAUGUUCUGUAUGAACCUUUAUAAAAAGCUGUAAUGGAACAGUGUGUGCUAGAUGUUUUUUCAUCCAGUGUAUUUGAGCUGCUGCAAGCUUUCCAUUUUUCUAUUUAGAGAACGAGAAUAACAGGGGUGUUCGAGCCUGAUUCACCGAAUAUAGAUGCUGUAAUUUGACUCCACUGAAUACUGAUUUGUGUUGCAAUUUUAUGUAUAGUUCAUUACACUUAAAUACAACUUGGUGAUAUGCUGGAGCAAAGAGGGCGCAGAUCUAAAUGCUGCUUAAUGAACCCUACAGAUGAAAAGCAUAUAAUAAUGUUUGAGCUUGACCCAUUCUGAUUCAGCAAUGCAACCUAUAAUUUUUGCUGCUGAAAGCUUCCUGCCGAUUUGACUGCCUGUAAAAUGUGAACUCCAGAAACAGUACUGUCACUGAUCGUUUUCCAAGCAUCCCAUUGUUCUAUUAGGUCUGUUUUACUCUUUUGGACUCCAUGUGUUUAAUUCUAACUGUGGUUAGGUCAGCGGUGGGUGAGCCCUGCAGGAGACUUUCUUUUCCAAGAUAAAUGUUCAGGUUUUUUAUUCUUUAAACUGGUGAAGAAUUAAUAGUGUAUGCAAAAUCAAACUACAUGGAACAAUGACAACAUACGUAAAUCAAAUGAGAGCAAUCAUAUAUAUGGGUCUCAGGGGAAAAACUGGGUUUCGAUGUGGUUCAUAAACACAGUACGCGAAAAGUACUUAUAAAAAGAAGUUGUUAAAGUAUGUAAUUUAAGAAUAACUCUUAUUUUAUAUUUUAUCCUCGAAGGGAAAUUUAAUAUAUAUAUGAUAUAUACAUGAUAUAAUACAUACUAUACUAUGACAUUUUUUUGUUUUUAAUUUUUAAAUUUUUUUGUCACACUACACUAUGACAUUUUUAUAAUACUUUGCUAUAUUUUUCUCAUAUUAAAAUUUGAUUUUUUUUUGUCAGAGUA